AUGGAGAGAAAUCCCAGUAGUGUCUCGAAUGAUCACACCGAUCACAAAUCUGCGAGUGUUGUGUCUCCAUGGGGGCUCGAAAGGAAUAGUGAGACCAGCAACGAUCUGCCCCAGGUCGACCUAGGGUACUCGGUGUACAAGGCCUCUGCAUACCAACAAGCUGGCGACUUUUAUGAGUUCACUAACAUACGCUAUGCUGCGCCUCCAAUAGGAAAUCGCCGAUUUCGACCGCCACAGCCACCACUAAGCGACAGAACAGAAGUCCAAACUGGGUUGAAGGGCAACAUACCAGUACAAGCCAUCCCCAUAUGGAGGAGGGGUCCCCAAGCUUGGCCAUAUCCCGGCGCUGAAGACUGCCUUUCUCUGGAUGUCAAGGUCCCUCGAGCUGUCUGGAAUGCACGGAAAACGCCUGUUCAACGCGCUCCGGUGCUCGUCUGGAUAUAUGGAGGUGGCUAUACUGCUGGGUCGAAGGAGCUAUUCGGCACAGGGGCCGGGCUACUGGCGAGAUCAGCUGAGCCCAUCAUCUACGUUGCGUUGAACUAUAGACUGGGAAUUUAUGGGUUUCUGGGCGGUCGAAGAUAUGUCAGCCACGGUGGUACGGCGAACCUGGGCUUGCUGGACCAACGAUUUGCACUGUUGUGGAUUCAGGAGCACAUCUCAGCCUUUGGUGGUGACCCGGAGCGAGUGACCGUCAUGGGAGAGUCAGCUGGAGGCGGAUCAAUUCUGCAUCAAAUUACCGCGUACGGAGGAUCCCAGGGCCAGUCGCCAUUUGCGCAAGCCAUCAUACAAAGCCCUGGAUUCUACCCCAUCACAAGACCGGAGGUUAUGGAUCACCAUUAUCAAUCAGCCUUGGACUAUGCUGGUUGCAGGCAUUUGGAUGAUCUGGUGCGUUUGUCUGAGGAAAAACUGAAAGAGAUCAAUCUUGCCGUUAUCGAUCAAGCACCGUAUGGCCAGUUCUUGCUGGGGCCCGUGGUCGAUGGCGUUUUCACUCCAGAUUUGCCUGGCAAGCUUCUCAAAGCUGGUUCCUUCGAUCGCGACCUGAAGAUAAUGCUCGGUCAGUGCUACAACGAAGGGCAUGAUUAUGUAGAACCGGUACCAAUCUCGCCAUCAUAUUUCUCCGCCUAUCUGGAUCGCACCUUUCCGGCACUGACGCCUCCCGUCAAGGACUUCAUCACGGAUUCGCUAUACCCUCUAACUGCAAGAGAAGAAUCUGCAAGACCCGACCAGAAGAACAGUGAGGUCACCCCUCAGCCUCCAUUUUCCCAUGAGCCGCCAUAUUAUAGUACUCCCUCGGCUUGCCUCCAACGUCUCAUUACCGACGCCAUCUACAUCCAACACAACAAUGCACUGUCAGAAGCCUUUCAAAACCAGACCUACAACUACCUGAUGAGCCUUGCCCCAGGCACACAUGGUACCGACGUGUCGUAUAUCUUUUACAACGAAGGCAAAGAAGAGACCCCUCUGCCAGGAUUGCCCAGAGUCAAGAACCCCAAACUUGCCCAUCAUCUUCAAAGGUACCUUACCAACUUUGCAUUGUACGGUAACCCUAAUGGACACAUCGAAGGCGGGGACCUGCCCAUCAUGCGAAUAAGGGGGGACGAGCACGUGGUGCUCAAUUUUGCAGACGAUGGGAUCCAAGAAAUCAGGGAUCCGAGUGCAAAGGAGCACUGUUGUUGGUGGCAAAAGGGUUUGUUCGCUUGA